UUGGUAGUUAUAUUUGAAUUGUUAACAUUCAUAAACAUGUGAAAUAUUAGUCCAUAAUUAUGAGUGAUGAGCCAGCUAAAAUACAGACCUUUAAGUUUGGAGGUGGUGAUGAAACCAAACUUACUACUCUUGAGGCAGCGCAGAGGUUUACUAAAAACCAUUUACCCAAGGAUCUGACCUCAACAAGAGUACAAGUUCCAGAAGAAAAAAUAGAUACCGGGCUUUCCACUCAAGUCCCAGCAGGUAUGAGUGAAGAAGAAUGGAAAAAUGAAAAAUCUAAAGAACUACAAGAUGAAAAGGGGAGAGAAGCAUUUAAAAAGUACUGGUCCCAAUACGAAGGUGGAGAAAGUGAACUUCUGGUAUGGAGAUACAUUUCAAAGAUUCCGAAGUCCAUCCCACUAGCUCUCUUCCACAACUUUGACCUUAAGAUGUUUCGACUUUUCACAGGUAUACCUGCAUCUUCAAGUGCUGGUUUAUCUAAGAAGGAUAAAACUGUUCACCACCUUCCUGACCAAGAAUUUGACUUCUUGUUGUUUCUCCCGGAAUACCGGGCUUAUUGCCAUCUUGAAGUUAAGGCAGCUGCACCUAAAAAAAAAUUUGGUUCCUGUAUUGAUCANUUUCUUUUUUUCCAAGUAGGGUGCACUAUGCAUGUUAUUCCACACAGGGUUCUGUUCAGCCGCAAGAAACUGGAGAGAGUUGUAAAAGAACCUGACUGUUCUGAGCUCCCUUAA